GUCGUCAUUGCCGAAAGGAACCAUGAAUUGGCAUUUUCUCUUCUUCCUUGUGGCCACAGUGACGUUGCCCUCCGUGUGCUCCCAGUUCAACCCCCUGUCUCUGGAGGAACUAGGCUCCAACACAGGAAUCCAGGUUUUCAAUCAAAUCGUCAAAUCCCGGCCUCAUGACAACGUGGUCGUGUCCCCCCACGGGAUCGCGUCUGUCCUGGGGAUGCUUCAGCUGGGAGCCGACGGCAGGACCAAGAAGCAGCUCACCACGGUGAUGAGAUACAGCGUGAAUGGAGUCGGUAAAGUGUUAAAGAAGAUCAACAAGGCCAUCAGCUCCAAGAAGAAUAAGGACAUCGUGACCGUGGCCAAUGCAGUGUUUGUGAAGAACGGCUUCAAGAUGGAGGUGCCCUUUGUCACCCGGAACAAAGACGUGUUUCAGUGUGAAGUCCAGAAUGUGAGCUUUGAGGAUCCAGCCUCCGCCUGUGAUUCCAUCAACGUGUGGGUCAAGAACGAAACCAGGGGUGAGUGGCCUCAGUUCCCCGGGGAACUGCUUUGUACGAUCUUAUACUUGGUGAAUGAAAGUAUGGUGGCCAUUGGGCCUGUUCUAACCUGGCCAGCCCAUGGGACGGGCAUUGUGUCCUCUAACUCCAGCAUCGAAGAUCCUUGCUGGCCUCACGCUGGGUGUACAUCACAUUUUCUUUUUCUUCCCGUAGCUGCGAUUCUAAUUGCAAGGUCAUCACCUCCCUGGUUUAUAGUAGACAGACCUUUUCUAUUUUUCAUCCGACAUAAUCCUACAGGUGCUGUCUUAUUCAUGGGGCAGAUAUACAAACCCUGAAGAGUGUACAAGAGAAACCAUGCAAAGCAAAGGCUCCUUUGCAAUGAAAACAAGACUCCUUUCCUACAUCUUUCAUAGUUCUGUUAAAUAUUUUUGUACAUUACUUUCUUUUUCAAAACUAGUUCUUAGGAACAGAGACUCAAUGAUGCAAGCAUUUCUGUUCUGGGACAUAUAUCAAAGGGAAAAGGGCAGGAUGGCUGGAACACUGUACUGACAAAUGAAUAGAAAGGCUUCAAAAUGUCUAAAAAAUCCUUUAAACUACUGAGCUAACCCUCUUGAGUAUUUACUGUCCAGUUCAGGAGUUUUGUUUUGUUUUGUUUACAUGUGUGGCAUUUCAGAAGAAAUUGAAUCAGUGUGACGGGGAAAAAAUUUUAAAAAAAAUUAAAAAAAAAAAAAACACACCAACACAUUUUAUGGUAGCUUUUACUUUUUUAUGAAAAAAAUAUUAUUGGCCUUUUUAAUUCUUUUGUUUGGGUCCCAUCCAAAGUCUUGAUAGUAAGUAUUAUUUCGGGGGUAGAAAUAGUGAAAUCUCUAGCCUCUUUGAGUGUUUUUGUUGUUGUUGUUGUUUUCUAUAAUGCAUGUAUUCACUAAAAUAAAGUCUAAAAAACGAA